ACGUCAUUUCCGCACAAAUUGAUGCUAAUGCUACUAAAAAAUGCAAAGUUGUUAAUGAACUGGCGAUAUCUGUGGGAUCUUUUGACAUGUUCGGUUCAGGUAGUCGACCGGAAGAAGAGUACAUUUCAGCGUUGUGGCAACUUCAUUCAGCUUGUCGUCUCUAAAGAUUUAGUUUCACAUGACGGUGGCAGUUCAUUGUUAGCUUAGCUUUAGCCAUGCUCCCAGACUCCGCUUUCACUUGUCUUCUGGGUUGUGGCUUACUUGCGACAGGGACCACGGCUACUAAGCUAGCUUGGUAGCUAGCCAGCUAAGCACAUUUCAUCCCCGCCAAGAGCCGGAGCUUUCCUUCUCGUGACCAUUCGCCUGCCACGAUGGCUUCUUCCUCUGGAAACGACGACGACCUCACCAUCCCCAGAGCAGCCAUCAACAAGAUGAUCAAAGAGACUCUCCCCAACGUGCGAGUGGCGAACGACGCCAGGGAGCUGGUGGUGAACUGCUGCACGGAGUUCAUCCACCUCAUAUCCUCCGAAGCCAAUGAAAUAUGCAACAAGUCCGACAAGAAGACCAUAUCUCCCGAGCAUGUCAUCAACGCUCUCGAGAGCCUGGGGUUCGCGUCGUACAUCACGGAGGUGAAAGACGUCCUGCAGGAGUGUAAAACGGUCGCUCUGAAGAGGAGGAAGGCCAGCUCUCGCCUGGAGAACCUGGGCAUCCCAGAAGAAGAGCUCCUCAGGCAACAACAGGAAUUAUUUGCCAAGGCGCGGCAGCAGCAGGCGGAGCUCGCCCAGCAAGAGUGGCUACAGAUGCAGCAGGCCGCCCAACAGGCACAGAUGGCAGCUGCAUCCGCCAGCGCCGCCCAGCAGGCUGGUUCCUCUCAGGAUGAAGACGAAGAGGAAGACAUGUGAUGCAUAGGACGCAAACUUCCCUCGUCCUGACCCCACCUGCCCUCCCCCUGCCCCUGGGACAGCGCUUGCACACAAAUCCCUCAGUGCGGUCAUCGGCAGAGACAUGAGGCGUGUUUGAGCACCCGUAGACAUCAGUGUAUCCUGGCAUCAUGUACAUUGGAAUGGACACUGAUAAGAGACCCUGACUGGGGACUUGAAGACAGCCUCUUGUUCAGGCAUCAGAACCUGAGCAUGAUUUGGCUUGAUAUGCUGCAGAGGUUUCCCAGAUGCUCUCCUGUUAUGGCUUCAUAGUGUGUUGUGAGUGAUUUUUAGAUUGCUGGAUGUGUUGUGGAGACUGAGGGCAGCCAUUGCCCGGGAUAUGUCAGUGAGUUUUGAAUAUUGCAACAAGUACGGCACCAGAUAGCGUAGUCCGUUGUACUCGAUCACUCAUUGGUGGUUUAGGAGAACUGCUUUAGGAUAUUUUCAGAGCAGUGCAUUUCUCUUUUCUCGUGGUUUGAUGGUCACUUUUACAGAAAGGAUUUUCUCUACCCCUCACUUGAUGCAUUUGUUCAACAGAGAAUAAUUUGAGGGCUUGUGAAUAUAGGAAUAUUUUUUGUUAAGUAGAAAAAAAAUUGGACAUUUUGGUUAAUUUUAGCUCAUUCAAAUGAUUUACGUUGCAUUUUGUUUCCAUCUUCAGCCACCCGCAGUAUUGCUAAUUAGACACACGUUUCAGAUAACUAUAUUUUUGUCUCAUAGAACCAAAGAUAGAGGAGCGACUAACAGCCCAGAGUUGGUGUUUUUUUAGGUGCUGAGGUGAUUCUCGUCGCUGACUCAGUGUCAGUCUAAACAACAUUAAGGAUUAUUCGACUUUGUAAGAUGCUUUGAUAUCCAGACUGAAUUUGUUGAAUCCCCUCUCUGCGGGUGAAGUAUCCAACAUUCGCAUCGUGACUGUGGUCAAUCCUCAGUGGUGAUGCACACAUUCACUCGCCCAUGCUGCGAAGUUGUAUUCUUUAAGCAAUAAAGGAAUCAUAUUUUAUA